CGUCUCACCACAUGCAGGACAUAAACACGGUUCAUUCAAUGUAAUAAGCUUUCGGUUCAAACAGCAGUGUGAAAAAUUCCCCAUUUGUGGCAUUAUACAGAAGAAUAGAUAAAUGAAAUCAUAUUUGUAAUCGUUAUAAAAUUUGUGCAAUACUGUACACUGACUCUUUACUGUGAUUGAUCAUUUUCCUAAAAAGUAAAUCAAAAUGCCAUUAAAAUAUACGCCAAAACCGACCGUCCUUCCUACAGAGGAAUUCGAUGCCCUAACCGAUACAACCACCUUACGCGCCGCCAUGAAGGGAUUCGGAACAGAUGAACAGGCCAUCAUCAACGUUCUCUGUGCUCGCUCCAACAGCCAACGCCAGCAAAUAUCCGCCAAAUAUUGCGAAGAGCUCGGCCGUGAUCUCCUGCGGGAUCUGAAAUCAGAGCUGUCCGGCAACUUGGAAAAUGUUAUCCUGGGUCUUAUGCUACCACCACUGAACUACCAAUGUUUGCAGCUGUUCAAGGCCAUGGAUGGUUUCGGGACGAACGAGCGGACACUCAUCGAAAUACUCUGCUCACAAAGUAGUGAACAGUUGCAGCAGAUCACCAAGCUGUACGAAGAACUGUACAACAGACCGUUGGUCGAACACGUUUGCUCCGAAACGUCCGGAGAUUUUAGGCGCUUGCUAACCCUACUGCUUACAACGUCGCGAGAUCCCCCUUCCGCAGUAGAUCAAGAUCUCGCUGACCAACAGGCUAAACUACUGUUCGAAGCUGGUGAAGCCAGUUGGGGCACGGAAGAAUCCACAUUCAGCAAGAUCUUGACAAAGUCAAGCUUUGAACACCUGGAAGUCCUGUUCGAAGCGUACAAGAAGCUGACGCAACGUUCGAUCGAACAGGCACUGAAAGCCGAACUGAGUGGGAAGUUCUACGAGGCGCUCAGUGCGAUUGUCGAGUACGUUCGAAGUCCACCGAGGUUCUUUGCCAAGCGGCUGUACGAGGCGAUGCGAGGUUUGGGGACGGACGAUGCAACGCUGACUAGGAUCGUUGUUUGCCGGUCGGAAAUCGAUCUGCAGAAUGUCAAGCAAGAAUUCGAACGGAUGUACAGCAAAACGCUGGAGAAUGCUGUGAAGAGUGAAACAUCUGGAGAUUAUGGACGGACGCUAUGUGCACUUAUUGGAAAAUCGUAGUUCACGUAACAAAAAUUAUGUUACUUUAACCCUCUAAUACCCAAAUUUUUGAUUUUGAUCUAAAUAUCAUUUUUCGUCAUCUAAAAUCGAUUUAAACAUGUUUUGGAAGAUGAUUCUUUUUAAUUCUCGAUAUCGUGAAUUUCAGUUUUUGAUUUUUCUAAUUUUUAUUUUUAAGCAUCCCCACACUUUUAUAUUUUUCCUGGAAGCCUAUUUGGGGUACGAAUUUUUUGAGAUGUAAACAUUUUGAGAUUUUAUGAUUAUUGUUGAAAUAAUUUUAUUUUAAUUUUUUUUCAUAGAAAAUUUUAUUUUUCGUGUAAUUUUAAGGAAAAUAAUUUUAGAGUGUAUUCGAUUCCCUUAAACUAUUAAACUAGGACAGAAUGAUAUGGGAAAAAUUUAAAAUAUGUUAAUUGUAGCGAUUCAAUAUCAAAUAAACAAUGACUUCUGAAAGGUGAUCAAAACAUCAAUUUUUCAAUGAUUUUUAAAAAAUGUAAAUACGCUUCAAAAUACACCAAAAACUAUUUUGAGAUAUACAAAACAGUCCUAAAUUUCAGCCAAAAAUAUAAAAAAUUCGAUUUUUCACGAAACAAAAAUUACAAAAAUGCUCAAACUAUACCCCGUCUAAAGGCGGGGUUGGGUAUUAGAGGGUUACAAACGAGCCAAUUAUCAAUAACUAAAUAAUUCUAUUUAUGCAAGAAUGUAUAUGCCUUAACUGAAAGUCCCUUUGUGUCCUCAGCUUUGUUAGUAAAUGACUGAUAACUUCAACAUCUACAUAUUGUUCAACAAAAGAUUUACAAUAAUAAAAAUGUGAAAACAAA